AUGCCACCUAUGUCGCAGGAAGAUCUAGAAUGGUUUAAAUCCACCUUUCAUCCCAUUCCGAAACCUGAGCUCCCCGACGAUUGUGUCGAGUACUCGCUCUAUCAUAUCUCCUCCGACCCCACCCCCGCUAUCGUCGACGAAGUCGCAGAAACGAGAUCGCGCUUGGUGGAAGUCCAACGUACUGCAGCAGAACUGAUAAAGGACCUCCUUAAAGACUAUAUAUGGCAGCGAGAAGGGUUCCGCUUGGAGAUUACUAAGGAAGAUGGAAUCACCUUUUUGCGCGGACGCACCAAUUUUGGCGACUCAAUCGAAGAUGAAUGGGUAGUCGUGUAUUUGCUGCGCGAGCUUUCGAAAAAACAUAAGGAUGUCUGGGUCAAGGUCACAGAUGGUGAUGGGCAGUUUCUUCUCGUCGAAGCUGCAGGGGCACUCCCGUCAUGGCUGGAGCCCGAAGUAGCAGAUAACCGAGUGUGGAUACAUCGUGGUGAACUUGUUAUCAUCAAGCCGAAGAACCAAAAGGGUAAAGUGACGGAAAAGCUAUCUCUUCCAGAUUCGAGGAAGAUCAUCGUCGAGGAACCUGCACGGCUUAUGCGCUCAGCAAUGAUCCAGGAGGAGGCCUUCUAUCGAUUGCGCAACUAUCCCCAGCAAAUCCGCGAAAACCUUCACUCCGCACUUAUUAGGAUCCCACGCAAGAUCGCCUACUUAUUACACCAGAAGCCCGCCUAUAUAUCAUCAGCAGUAGAAGCCUUCUAUCUAAGGGACCCAAUUGCAUUACGACCUCUCCGAGCUAAGGAGCCUGAUAGUUUCGUCUUUAAACCCGAGGAUUUCGUCACGGUCAGCGUCCGGUUCACUAGAGUCGGCUAUGCCCAGCUCAAAAGCCAGGAUUUCCCGGUCCCAAAAUCAUGGGCUGGAGUGUUACCUUCCAAUGAUGAUCAAAAAGCUUAUGACAGGGCAGAACUGGGUAUGAAACUUGCCUGUGGGUUUGAAAUGCUUCUUACCGACCCACAAAACCAAGACAAGGCCGUCGUGAGGGAGAUAAAACUUGUCUUGGAAGAUAUCGAAAGUGGAGAUGAGAAUCUGCCCACUGAUGAGGAGAUCUCUACCUGGGAUAAAACAGAGGAUGACGAAAAGUGGCUAGACAUCAGUUUUGAGGAUCUCGACAGGGAGCUCAAAGGGAAAGGGAAGGAAAGGGAUGACGGGAAACCCCCUAAGGGUAGUUUUGGCGAUGCCAACGCCCAGGAGAAUCUUCAGCGUAUUGUUGCACGCUUUGAAGAGUUUCUGAAUAACGAUUCAGCCGGUCUCGAUGGGGCUGACUUUUUUGACGAUUAUGGCUCUGAUUCCGACGACGGUGAUGAUGAUGGCGAUGAUGAAGUAAGCAGUGAUGGGGAGGACAAGGAGGCAUCCUUUGAUGAGGAGGAGUUCUCGAGGAUGAUGAAAGAGAUGAUGGGAAUGCCAUCAGCAACUGGUUCCAAGGGCUCAUCUCGGCCAUCGAUGCCUCGUAAUCGAGUGGAAGAACUAGAUGCUGAAUCUGAAGAUGAUACUGAACAGAUACAAGAGCUAUCACGACAGAUGGAAACCGAGCUGAGAGGCACGGGUGUACUCGACCUGAAUCGCCCCGGUAUGGCAUCGGCAGGUAAGCAGGUGUUGUCUGAAGGGAAGCCAAGCGAGGACCAUGACGAAGAUGAAGGGGAAAUACCCGACCUUGAGGAUGGAGAUAUCGACAUAAAUCUCGCGAAGAACUUGCUAGAAGCCCUUCAAAGUCAGGCGGGCGGCGCAGGGCCCGCACGAAAUAUGCUGUCUAUGUUGAACUUGCCUAUACCUAAGGAUGAUCGUGGGCGGUGA